AUGGCUGCUAUUUCAAAGUCUGUUAUUCAAUCAGGAAAGGCUGCUCUCGUCACUGGUGCGGCUUCGGGAGUUGGCUUUGCUAUUGCAAAAUUAUGCAGGGAUAAGGGCAUGCACCUGGCUCUUCUCGACAUUGAUCAGGAUAACCUCGCAAAGGCCAAAAGUGUACUAGUCGAUAUCAACCCAAGCCUGAAGACAGAGAGUUAUGUGAUUGAUGUGGCCGACUUGACUGCUUGGAAAGAGACCACUAGUGCGAUCGCGAAAUCCUUACCUGCUAUCGACUUAGUCGUGUUGAAUGCAGGUAAGGGGUACAAGCCUCAAGAAAAAGAGGGACCUUUGAAGCAGUGGCUUGACGGGGAAUAUUGGCGAAAGACUUUUGAAACAAAUACCUUCGGUCCUCUUAACGGACUCGAGUCUCUGCUCCCUCAUCUUGUCGCUUCCGGUUCAUCACCUAAAUCAAUUGUGAUUACUGGUUCAAAGCAAGGAAUUACCAACCCUCCUGGUGCUGGUAAUCCUGCAUACAAUGCAUCCAAAUCUGCAAUUAAGAACCUCACCGAGCAUCUUGCCCAUGACCUACGCUCCAACUCAGCAUUGGCACAUAUUUCCGUUCAUCUUUUGGUCCCUGGAUGGACUUGGACCGGCAUGAUGGGCAACGUGGGUCCCACAAAAGAGGAAGAAGUGAAAAAGCCCGCCGGAGCUUGGUGGCCAAGCCAAGUAGCAGAUGAGCUACUAAAAGGAUUAGAAAACGGAUCUUUCUAUAUCAUCUGCCCAGAUGAUGAUACAGACUAUGCUUUGGAUCAGGCCCGCAUGAAAUGGGCGAGUGAUGAUGUGAUUGAGAACAGAGCACCUUUAAGCCGCUGGGAUGAAGGCUGGAAGACUCGUGCUGCAGAGGCCAUUGAAGCGGAUGCAAAGACUCGAAGAUUGAAUUAA